GAUGGUUUUAUUAUAUAAAUCUCCAUUUCCUCAUUGUCUCUUUUUCUUGCACUGUGAUUUCCAAAUGAAGUAUCUGUGAUGGGUUGUGUCUACUCGAGGCAGACGGUGUCGGUGACGCCGGCGAUCGAUCACUCCGAUCUGUUUCGAGGCAAUGCGAGUUUGGGGCAUUCGGGAAGGAGCUUGGGAGAGUUCGAUGGUAAAAAAAAGAAGAAAAAGAGUGAGUCACUGGGCGAGUCUGAGAGAGAGAGUUCAACUUGGGGAUGUGAUGAAUCUUUGAGCUUCAGAUUGGGGAAUCUGCAGAAGUACGUGGAAGGAGAGCAAAUCGCCGCCGGUUGGCCGGCGUGGCUUACUGCCGUCGCCAGCGAAGCCAUCCACGGUUGGGUGCCCCUCCGAGCCGAUGCGUUUGAGAAGCUCGAGAAGAUUGGGCAGGGUACGUACAGUAGUGUGUUCCGAGCGAAGGAACUUGAGACAGGGAAGAUAGUAGCACUGAAGAAGGUGCGGUUUGACAUUUUUGAGCCAGAGAGUGUGCGGUUUAUGGCACGAGAAAUAAUGAUCCUGAGAAGGCUUGAUCAUCCAAACAUCAUUAAAUUGGAGGGUUUGAUUACUUCCAAAUUGUCAUCUAGCAUAUACCUUGUGUUCGAGUACAUGGAACAUGACAUCACAGGGCUCUUGUCCAGCCCUGAUAUCAAAUUUAGCGAAUCACAGAUUAAAUGUUACAUGAAACAGCUGUUGUCUGGACUUGAUCAUUGUCAUUCACGUGGUGUAAUGCAUCGAGACAUCAAAGGAUCAAAUCUUCUAGUGAACAAUGAAGGGAUACUAAAGGUUGCUGAUUUUGGAUUGGCAAAAUUCUCUGUUUCUGGGAACAAACAGCCCCUGACCAGCCGUGUUGUCACUUUGUGGUACCGUCCUCCUGAACUUUUGCUGGGUUCGACAGAUUAUGGUCCCUCUGUAGAUCUAUGGAGUGUUGGCUGCGUAUUUGCAGAACUUCUUUUCAGAAAGCCAGUUCUUCAGGGGAGAACAGAGGUGGAACAAUUGCACAAAAUUUUCAAACUUUGUGGCUCCCCACCUGAUGAAUACUGGAAAAAGACCAAGCUUCCUCAUGCAACUUUGUUUAGGCCGCAGCAAACAUACAAUAGUUGCCUCCAAGAGACAUUUAAAGAUUUUCCCAUAACUACUGUGAAUCUUCUUCAAACUCUUCUCUCCAUUGAAUCAUACAAGCGCGGAACUGCUUCAUCUGCUCUUUUAUCAGAGUAUUUCAAGACAAAGCCUUAUGCAUGUGACCCGUCAAGCUUGCCGGUAUACUCACCUAGCAAGGAGAUUGAUGCAAAACACUGGGAGGAGUCAAGAAGAAAAAAGAUUGGUGGAAGAUCUCGGGGACCUGAAACAAGAAAACCAUCAAGAAAGCCACAAGGAUUCAGUAAACUAGCCCCAGCUGAGAGUUUGGUUAAUCAAGCUCGAAAUUCCCAAGCGUUCAAUCGUAGAACUUCCUGCAUCCUAAAAGAGAACACCAAUAUAAGUGAGGAAGUGCCAAAGCCAUCAACUGAUAGAGAAGAUGCUUCCCAUGUUAAAAAUCCGUCUCAUGGAGAUAUUCCCAUAUUACAAGUUUCAACUUCAAGUGGCUUUGCAUGGGCAAAGAGGCGUAAAGAUGAUGCUUCAAGAAGGUCUCAUUGUCGAUCUAUUUCAAGGGGACAUAUUUUGAAUUCAUCAGAACAUUCUUCCGUACAUUCAAGAAACAACCUUGACUCCAGAAACCAGGAAAAUAAGGAAUUCUGCGGGGGACGUUCCAACUCAAGGGGCCAUGACAUACGUGAAAUCUCUAAGAUUGCAAUGUUGAACCAAUGGGGCAAGUUUGAUCGCCCAGACUCAUUUGAUGCUUCUGAUGAAUACCACUCACAAGAACUAUCCAUAGCCCUUUAUCACAGGGAAUAUUCAGCAUCCAGGAGAAGUAAAAUGGAUUCUGGAGAGAAGGUAGAAUUUUCAGGACCCCUGCUAUCUCAAAUGCAUGCGGUUGAUGAGCUGUUAGAAAGACACGAGCGUCACAUCCGCCGUACAGUACGAAGAUCUUGGUUUCAGAAAGGUAAGAAGCAUGAGAAGAAUUUGGAAGACUAAUCGCUUCAAGUUAUGGAUCAGCAAAAGUUGAAGUUGGAGUUGAACUUGAGCAUCAGAUCAAGAUGAUCAUGAAACAAGACGACUUCUCCAAGCAUUACUGCUUUUAGAAACAGAUAUAACUAUGGGGGAAGAAUCAAAUUGACAGCAUCCAGCGGAAUAUUUUGUGACCUGGGAGCUGGGAAAUUGAAAUUUUUUUUAGGAACAUAACUCAUUCAGACUUCAGCUGAUAGAGGUCUGGUAUGAGGGCCAGGCAAAUGAAGAAUUGAUAGGUUUUUUUAGCCAUGGGUUCCUAUUUUUGAUCGAUUAUAGACAAAUUCAUUUCUGUAUGAUGUUUAUAAGUCCCUAUGUUCUUCAGGUCUUUGCCAUCUUCUUCAGGUCCUUAUCAGUUGGUGUAUAUAUAUUAGUGCGUGGUAAUUGGCUUGAGGACGGUCAAAGUCUUCUUCAAUUUGCCACUGUACUGUUUUAGCUUUUUGGG